AUGGGUUUCAAUCUUCAUGCAGAUAACAGCAAUGACCCUCCAGAGGUGCGUAACUGGAGGGUGCACUUCAUUGCGACGGUGGUGAGCAUGGGAGCUAUUGCCAUGGGAUACGAUACAAGUGUGAUCGGCGGAACUUUGGCAUUGAACUCCUUUCGCAGAGACUUCGGUCUCAUCCAUGUGUCUGACCAUGCGACCGAUACUUUGGAAGGAAAUAUUGUCUCCACAUUCCAGGCCGGUUGUUUCUUUGGAUCUUUGUUGACCUUCCCGCUUGCGGAACGCUUUGGACGCAAGAUGGCAAUAAUCAUGGCGAUCUUGGUCUUCUGCGUGGGUGGCAGCUUGAUGACCGCGGCCUCUGGUCAUCUCGGCAUGAUCUAUACCGGGCGAGUCAUUGCAGGGCUAGGUAUCGGCUCGGUGUCGCUGCAGGUUCCAGUGUAUAUUGCUGAGACAUCACCACCCUCCAUCCGCGGCCGCCUUGUUGGCAUCUUCGAGAUAUGUUCCCAAGGAGGUGGGAUGUGCGGAUUCUGGAUCAAUUAUAUUGUCAAUCGUACAAUCUCCGCCUCCAAAAUGGCUCAGUGGCAGGUCCCUCUAGGCCUUCAACUUUUGCCUGGCGCGUUUCUCCUGCUCGGAAUCAUCUGGUGUCCGGAGACGCCCCGGUGGUACGCCAAGCAAGAUCGAUGGGAUGAGGCAGAGAAAAGCCUGGUCUGGAUCCGCAAGCUAGACCGUCACCACCCCUUCAUUCAAGAAGAGCUGAGUCAGAUCCGCGAGCAAAUUCAAGUUGGCAUGCCUCCCCAAGGAAUCAAGCACAGUCCGAUGUACUUUGUGCAGCGACUCUGGCAAAAGGGCACCCGCAACCGAAUCGGGAUUGGUCUCUUGCUAAUGGCAUUUCAAAAUCUGACUGGUGUUAACAUCAUCACCUACUACUCCCCGCGCAUCUUCGAGACGCUGGGUAUUACGGGAACCGACACCAAGCUGUUUGCUACCGGGUUUUACGGGGUCGCAAAGACCCUCGGUAUGGUGAUAUUCAGCGUGUGGCUGGUCGAGAAAGUUGGUCGUCGCAGCGGCUUGAUCUGGGGCGCCUUCAUUGGCAGCUUGCCGAUGUGGUAUAUCGGUGGGUAUGUCUUCAGGGCAGAUCCGUCCGCAGCUGCAGCAGCUGGAAGAACCGAACCAAAUGCAGCGGGAUACAUUGCCAUGGUCUGUGUGUAUCUGUAUGGUCUGAUUUACUGCGCGACUUGGCAGGGUAUCACCUGGGUUAUUUGCUCUGAAAUCUUUCCGAUCGAUAUCCGUAUGCUCUGCGUGGCCAUCACGACGGGCGAUCAGUGGCUGUGGUCGUUCAUCAUUAGUCGUACGACGCCCUACAUGAUCACCUCACUCGGGUACGGAACGUAUUUCUUCUUCGGGUCGCUGAUGAUAUGUAUGGGUAUCUGGGCCUAUUUAUUUAUCCCGGAGACCAAGGGGAAAACGCUGGAAGAGAUGGAGAUGUUAUUCGGUGCUCCGAGCAGCGUUGACCGAGAGCUCAAUGAAUACGGCGUGGUGAAGGAGAAGAGUAUGGCGACAUCAACGCAUGUAGAGAGAGUCUAG